CGUGAUUGCCUACCUAGCGAGAGGACAGUGCGUCAGUUGGCAGUCGUCUCGGGCUGGAGCACCUAACACAGGAGAGGUGGUCCACGAGUCUGUAAUAAAAAACAAGGAGAAGAUCAAAACUUAUUGGGAGCUCAUGAUGGCAGCAGCUAUUGCUGAUCAGCAGAAGGCCCAGUAUGCUGCUUCUACCAAAAAAGACUUCCUGAAUAUAAACAACGAUGGAGAAGAAAUUAAUUCUCGUAGUGAUACUUCAGAACACGAGUAUUUCGAUGCUCAGUCCCAUGUGUCCACUCAGUCUCCCUCAGAGGAUAAUUAUUUGUUAGAUCCCGAUAAGGAUGAAGAAAUCAGUGGUAGCAUGGUGCCUAAAAUUAUAGAAACGGUAGCAAAGAAACAUUUUGAAGACGACGAUGCAGAAGUCGAGACCAAACCUGAGUCCGAGAAGGAAAGUGUUUAUGCAGGAAUCGUGAAACCUUUGAACAGAAGUAUUACGGAGAGCGUGAUCGAACGAGAGAUUCGGUACCAGAGAGAGCGGGAAGAAGCGCUAAUAAGAGAGAGAGAGGAGGCUUUGAAAAAGGCUGCGGCAUCCAGUAACAUAGCUAAUACUUCCACUCAGCAAUCGCCAAAGCCUAUUCCCCUGCCAACCGUUUAUUCAGCUCAAAACUGUUACGUACAGACAGUACCGCAGGAAAUUUCUGCGAAUUCAUCAAUUAUCAUUUCGCCAUUCAACCCCGCAGAAACGAGGAUCGCCUUGGAGCUCCGGGAGAUGAGAGAACGUGAAGAAGAGCUGCGUAAGCUGCGGAAUAAAACAUUACACGGUCCUGAAGUCUUUGAAGUUCAUGUGACUACGGCAUUUGACGAUGGCUUCAGUAGCAUUCCAAAUACAGAUGAAAGCAACUUUUCCGAAAAUGGCAGUGAAGGAAAGGAAAUAACUGAAGCUGACAACACUAGGCAAGCAAUAAGUCCUGAAGUUCCAGUCCAGAGUGAUUUUCAACAUCAUAGAACGCAGUCCGUAGACUCGACCAGUUCUGGACACAGUUCAGGCUCUGGUGGCCUUUCAGAAGGUAUAGUUGUACGUCGACGCAUUGUCGUUAAACCAUUCGAGGAGCCACAGGAUGAGGAAGUUCCGACGUAUAUGAGGAAACUAACAGAAACCCCAAUCGAACGGGAAAUUCGGUUGUCAAGAGAACGAGAAGAAGAAUUGCGACGAGAAAAGGGGCUGAGCUUUGUGAAUGGACCUACUGUGCUGCCUAGCCUCCCUAAGCAAGAAGUGACUCGUGUAAAGUCCUCCAACAAACUGAUAAAUGAUCCCCGCAGUGUUCAGCAUCGGCUUGCUACCAGCCGCAUUCAACAUGAGAUUGACGAAGCAGCUGAAAGAGAGGGUGAGCUGAGGAAAGCUGGCACGAUUCAAAUGACUUCCGAAGAUACAGUAGAUUCUAAGGUAACACGAUUUACCGACCUAAUAGAAUAUCAAAUCGAAGAGCAAGAACGAAAAAUGAAGAAUAUGCUUUUGAAUUCUGACGCGGGAGAAUCGCCAGCAGUUUCCGAUGUGUCAGUUAAUCUUGCGCUAUCCAGUUCUACGCCAGAAAAAGUUGUAUCACCAGCUACUAGCGUGCAGAUUAGUACCAAACUGUCUGUUACGCCACAAGUGACUCCAAAAAGACUGUAUGUACCACUUACGCCAAAAGGACAAAGAGGACUCAUGGAGAGGUUUCUCGCAUCACGUGGGAAACUUGGCAUGAAUUCAUCAAGUCGUGUUGCUCUUUCAAACUCUUUUGGCUUAACUUCAAAUGGAACUUAUCACAAAACAAUCUCUCUGUCACCGGAUGAUUUCCAGAUAUCAGAAGAAAACGACUCGUACGAUAGCAAUCGCAGUGAAACUUCUCGUCUCGCUAUUCGGCCAAAAUAUACUCCAGCCGAAGAUAAAAUCCAAAAUGAAUUGAGAGACAUGCAAAGGAGAGAAGAAGAGUUGAGACUGCAAAGAGCUCGGAUGUUCGCUAGCUCACAACCCAAUCUUUUGUCCAUCAUUGAUGACAAAGAGGAAGAAACUCAUCUAAAUAGCCUUGACGAUACCCACAUUCUCAGAACAAGUCAAUCCAAUCCCAAUCUUUUGGAUGCCACAGAUUUCAAGACAGUCGAAGAGGGUGAAAUUUCGGGUGAAGAGAAGAAUUUUCCUCUUGGGUCACGGAAAAGGAAUUCACUGAUUGCGGAAUGGGAGAGCAGAAUUCAACAAGCAACAGACCAUUGACACGCAGGAUGUUACAAUGAAAUGAUUGCUGAGAUUGCAGUUACUUCUUAAAUCAAUCAUCUGCAUUGGAAACGUCGACUGACUAUGCUUCGGGAACAUAAAAAUAUAUUUAAAGCAGAUGCUAAUAUUGACAUUAAUUAAUUUUUAAAAUUUUGAUUAACUUAUUGGCUAUGUGCUCCUCGACUUACAGACUAUGGAGCAUUUAACAUAUUAUUGAUGUAUUAUUAUUGUUUUGAUUGAUGAGUGUGAAUGUAGGAUUUUGUUUUUGAAUCCCAUUAUUACUUAAAUGUGUUGUGUAAAUUAUUAUCUUCAAAAACUCUAUAUGAUUGUUAGCUUCAAGCAAAAAACUAAGCUUUUAAAAGUGAUAAUGUAAAAACUUAAUAACUUUUUUGGGAACAUUCAAUGAAAUUUAUAUUCCUUUCAUGCUUUCAUGAAACUGUUCAAAUAUGUUAUAUUUGUGUUGUAGGUAUAAGGAUGGCGAACCAUAAGUAUGUAUGAAACCAAACAUAUUUUCCGUAACACUUAUGUAUGUAACUAUUCACUGAGUCAGUUUGAUUACUUAUAUCAAAUGUAUUAUGGUCAAUUUAUUAUAGGCACUCAAGAAUAAAAAAUAAAGGUUUAGAGUUGUAUUAUUAUUUAUUAUAUUAUAUCAGUAUGUUAUACGACUUCACAUGUAAUGAAAUAUGUAUCAUUCAACUAUAUGAAAUUUGUAUAUAAAUAAACUAUUGCCACCACUAAAAACAACUUAUUCAUU